GCGCCCGCCAUGGCCGACAAAAUCAACAUGUCUCUGGACGACAUCAUUAGGCUGAACCAGAGCCAGCGGGGCGGCCGCGGCGGGGGCAGGGAUCUAGGCCGGGACGGAGGCCGGGCCGGCUUCCAGGGAGGCCGCAUUGGCGGAGCGCAGGCCACAGCUCCCGUGAGCGGGGGCUGCGGGCCCAUCCGGAACCGGGCGGCCCUCGUCCGCGGCGCGGCGGGUGGCCGAGGCAGGAACCGGCCGGCGCCCUACAGCCGACCGAAACAGCUUCCCGACAAGUGGCAACACGACCUUUUCGACAGCGGCUUCGGCAGGGGCGCCGGCGUGGAGACGGGGGGGAAGCUGCUGGUGUCCAACCUGGACUUCGGAGUGUCCGACGCGGACAUCCAGGAGCUGUUUGCGGAGUUCGGGACUCUGAAGAAGGCCGCCGUGCACUACGACCGCUCUGGCCGCAGCCUGGGAACAGCCGACGUGCACUUUGAGCGGAAGGCAGACGCCCUGAAAGCCAUGAAACAGUACAACGGCGUCCCUUUGGAUGGCCGCCCCAUGAACAUCCAGCUGGUCACCUCACAGAUAGACACGCAGCGCAGGCCGGUACAGAGUGUGAACAGAGGCGGGAUGACCAGAACCCGAGGGUCUGGAGGCUUCGGCGGCGGCACUCGGAGAGGCGCCCGUGGAGGCAGCCGGGGCAGAGGCAGGGGCACCGGCCGGAGUUCAAAGCAGCAGAUCUCUGCGGAGGAGCUGGAUGCCCAGCUGGACGCUUACAACGCGAGGAUGGACACCAGCUAAAGCACCAGCAAGUCAGU